CGUCGGUUGCCGUGGAGACUCAGCGCUGCGGCCCUGGGCUCAUGGCGCUGUACCAUCUCUUCUCUCACCCGGUCGAGCGCGCCUACCGCGCGGGGCUCUGCUCCAAGGCCGCGCUCUUCCUGCUGUUGACCACCGCGCUCACCUACAUCCCGCCUCUGCUGGUGGCCUUCCGGAGCCACGGGUUUUGGCUGAAGCGGAGCAGCUACGAGGAGCAGCCGAACGUGCGCUUCCAGCACCAAGUGCUGCUCGUGGCUCUACUGGGACCUGAGCCCGGAGCCUUCCUCGCCUGGAGCACGUUCCCCACCUUCAACCGGCUGCAAGGGGUUCACCUGCGCGUCCCGCUCGUGUCGUCCAGGGAAGAAGACAGGAACCAGGAUGGGAAAAUGGAUGUGCUCUACUUUAAACUUGAACUUCCCCUGCAGUCCACAGAGCAUGUGCUCGGUGUGCAGCUUAUCCUGACCUUCUCCUACCAACUGCACAGGAUGUCUACAUUUGAGAUGCAGAGCAUGGCGUUUCUACAGUCCUCCUUCGCUGUUCCCGGGUCACAGCUACACGUGAAUGGCGACCUGAGGCUUCAACAGAAGCAGCUGCUGAGCUACCGUGGCCUGGAUGUCAGAUACAACGUAUCCGUGAUCAAUGGGACUAGUCCUUUUGCGCACGACUAUGACCUCGCUCACAUUGUUGCCGCCUACCAGGAAAGGAAUGUUACCACCGUCCUCAGUGACCCCAACCCCAUCUGGCUGGUGGGCAGGGCUGCUGAAGCUCCUUUUGUGAUCAAUGCUGUCAUCCGCUAUCCCGUGGAAGUCAUUUCUUACCAGCCAGGGUUCUGGGAGAUGAUAAAGUUUGCCUGGAUCCAGUAUGUCAGCAUCCUGCUCAUCUUCCUCUGGGUGUUUGAAAGAAUUAAAAUCUUCGUGUUUCAGAACCAAGUAGUGACCUCCAUCCCUGUAGCCGUGUUCCAGGGAGAGAUAAGAAAAGAGCACUUAUCAUAAGAAGAUCCCAUCAGGAGACCAAGGGACCAUGGCUACCUCAUUCCUGACUUCUGAGACCUGCCGUUUCACAACAUUUCUGCAAAGAGCCCGCUGGACACUUUCAGGCCUGCAUGUUUCACUUCAGAGACAAAGAAUGGGUUUUCCAGUGUUGUACUGCACAAAGCCCACACCUUCAAAACACUGAGGGAGCUCACAAACACUAGUUUGUGGAAAGGUCUCAAGGUUACUGGAGGCUGUGAUUUAUGCUUUGUUUUGUUUCUGGUUUUGCUUUGCUUUGGCCUUGAAUUUCAGGAGAAAAUUGCAGAGUUCAUACAUCUUUGAAAGAGCCCCACCUCUGGUCAAACGAGAAGUUUACCUCUUUUGAACUGGGAUGCCCUGUGCACUCCUCCCUUCUGUCAUAAGCUAGCUAUGCUUUUUAGCCUCCUCAGGGGCUCUCACAAGAAACAUGCAAGCCCCUAGUACUCUCGACUCCUGGGUAUCUACACAGUGCUCAUUCAGAACUUGGAUUUCCAGAACUGAAGCCUUUAACUGGAGACCGGAAGGGGGCAGGGCAGGACCUAAAUACAAGAGUCUCAGAAACAUGUGCGUGCUGGCGGGUAACUUAAGGGCAGGAGGACCAGACACCUGCCCUCAGGCUAAUAGAUGGGGGUCUGUCAUCAGCUCAGCUGAACAGGCCUCUGUUCCUGCCCUGCUGUGGCUGGCUCUGUGCCCUGUUUCUUGCCCUCUGUCUGUGCCCCUGGGAUGGCGGCUGGAGUCCGAAGUGCUGUUACAUUCCGUCUGUCCCCCUACCCCCAGCACCAGCGAAGGAUGUCGGGCUUCUAACAACAGGUUCUUUCUCCCUGGCCCUCACCCAACAGCCUGGCCACACCCCCUCCUCGAUGGCCUUCCCCCUUUCUGAAAGGAUGUGGGUGACAGAGGGGUGGUUGUUGGCAUUGGCUUCCACUGCCUGACAACCACAGGGUUUAUUUGGAGGCUGAGCUGAAGACUCAGUUGUUUGCAGUUCCCUUGAUUAAGGAACAGGGUACUUACCAGAGGGGAGACUUAGGAGAAGGCAUGAGGAGCAGAGAGUGAAGGGAGAGACUGAGCAGAGCGUCUAAUCCAACCUGGCCAUUAACAGAGUGAGAAGGAGACCAGAUAGCCCUCUAGUCUAUAGAAAUAUCUACAAAGAUGUCUACUGUGCAUAGAAAACUGUUAUUUGGCCCCAUUCCUGCCCUGAGCAAUUGUUCUUAAAUUCACCGUAUCAUUAGCCCUGGAAGGACAUACCUCCUCCUACCGCCCAUGCCUCAUGUCGAACCCUAAACACUCCUCACUACAUGCGCCCAGUUUACCUUGGAGACACCCCUCUGUCAGACUGAGGAAAGAACGAACUUUGAAAGCAAAGCUAUUUUGAAGUAUCCAAGGAGAAAAACUCUAGUACUAGUUUCUCUGACUUAACACGAACAGCUGAUUAUAUGCCUGACUGGUUUGGUUUUUUUUUUUUUUUUUUUUCCUGGAGAUUUACUUGGAAAAUGGUCUCUGAUUUCAAUUUCAAAAAGAUUAUGAGAGGGCUCGGAUGUGGCUCAGUUAAAAGAAGUCCACACUCAGAACCCUGGGGUCUAUCUCCAGCUACACAUAAAUCUUUAUGGUGGUUUCAAGCCUCUAACCCCAGCACAUUGGGGGUGGAGGCAGGAGCAGAAAUGCAGGAUCAUCCUUAAGUUAGAGCCCAGCCUGGGACACUUGAGACUCUAUCUCAGUCAAAUAAGGAAAUGGGGUUGGGGGCACGAUCAGAAAUAUAUUGUAUGGAAAAAAAAGAUACCUAGAUACAGAAAGAUGACCAAAGAUACAGGCUACUUUGCAUUAUAUUAAACUAUCCUGUGCAAAAAAUUGUAUAGAGAAUGCAAUGAUGUUUUAUAACUUUCUAAUUAAAAUGUUCCAAAAGAAA